AUGGCAGUGCAAAACCCUGACAGGAUGACAGAUUUUACCUGCAGACAAUGCACCAUGGUAUUUCUCAAUAUGCCCAGUCUGCUAGACCACAUGAACACUCAUCACGAAGAAGAAGAAGAAGAAGAAGAAGAAGAGCGCAAAUUCAAAUGUGAUGAAUGUGGACGUGGUUACAGACAUGCUGGCAGUCUAGCAAACCACAGAAAGACUCAUGAGGUGGGUUCCUUUCAAUGUAGCGUUUGUGGAAAGGAAAACUGGAAUGCCUCAGCCCUGAAGAGUCAUCUCCGGAGCCACACUUCAUUUAAAAAGUACUCCUGUGCAGAGUGUGGAAAGGCUUUCCGUUUGGCAACUCAGCUCGCUACACAUGAGAGAGUUCAUCGCGCCAGGAGGUGGAAGGAUGAGUCUUAUAGGAAUAUAGAUGUGGAAUGUUCCACACAUGAAUCUGAAAAUGAUCAGCAGCUUAAUGAGAUGUCAGGCAUUGUUGGGUUUUCUGAAGAAAAUAGCCCUGAAGACAAAACAGAUGACGUUUAUAAUUCCCAAACAGAGAAUCUGGACGAUGAUGACAAUGCUGAUGCUGUAAACAGACCCUUUAAGUGUGAGUUGUGUGACAAAACGUACAUACACCAUCGAAGCCUGAUCAAUCACAGAAAAACGCAUCAAGUGGGAGUGUUUGAGUGCACAGUGUGUUACAAAGUAUUUAAUAAUAUGGCUGCACUCUACAGCCAUCAGAGAUCCCACAAGACAAAAAGCAGGACAGACCUCAGCUCGACAGGUGAUGCAAACACAACGCUGAAUGAGUUUGUGAAUCCCAGCCAGGAGACGCCGGUAAACUUCUGCCACUUGUGUCAAGUACUUUUCCCCAACCAAGGGGAAUUUCAGGAACAUAUCCAAAUGCACAACUCCUCUUCUCUCUCGUACGGGCUUCAGGAUACAUUGUCGGAGAAGUUAAAUGCAUCAUUUGACAACAGCAUCGCUUCACCUGAGUCUAGUUUUUGUGCAUCCCCUGAAGACAGCAUACCUUCAGCGUCCCCGGCGGUUAAUCCCAGUGGCUUCGAUCAGCCACAGGAGCAGAUACCAAGUAAUGGUCACAUGCUCUCACACUGCUCUGCUAAUCUAAAACCAUCGUCUGAUCACGUUCAAGUAGCACCCUCGGUGAUGAACACAAGCACUGACGGCUCCACACAAAUGGCUCAAAAUGAAGAAAUACCAGCUUCUGAUUCUGACGAGCGCCCCUUUAAGUGUCACAUCUGUGGUAAAAGCUACCGGCACUCAGGGAGCCUCAUUAACCACAAAAGGUCACAUCAGGUGGGGAUUUACCAGUGUUCCAUUUGCAAUAAGAAUUAUCCUCACCUGGCCGCCCUCAAAAGUCACCUUCGCCUCCACAAAGCUCAGCCGUCGACUUUCAGCCAGGCGGCUGAGGGAGACUGGCUCUCCUCAGAGCCGCUGACUUUGGAUAACCAGCAGGGCUGCUUCUCUUUGUUAAAUAUGCAGGAGGACGGUGCUCACACUGGACUCUGUAUUGAUCGGGAAAACGGAACUGACCUCAGCAACGGAGCAUUUUACCAGGAGCAAUUUAAUGAGGACUUCUCCCAGGGAACAGCAUCUCAUCUACCUCACAAUGAACCGCUUAUAUCGAGGCACAUGUGUGCAGACUGUGGUGAGACGUUUGCAGAUAUUGCAGAAAUUAAGUCCCACGGUUGUCCUUUGCUGCAGCAGCAGCAGCAGCAUGAGACUGCUGGUGGUGAAUACACCGCAACUUUGAACUUUGAAGCCAGUAACGGUCACUGUGCUGAUGGAAAUCCAGAAAGUAACAUGGAGCUGCAUGGACUGAAUGGUGGCCAACAUUACUUUGAACAGGAUUUCCUGGAAAAUGUGAACAGUUCUCAUCUGGAUACUGAUGUAGAAGAGGAGGAGGAGGAUGGAGAUCAUUAUCAGUGCUCUAUAUGCGGCAACAGCUACAGCAGCAUGAGGGCUCUUAGAAGCCAUCUUCAAGGACACACACAGGAGACUCUUCCAAGUUCAGGACCAUCCUCACUGUCCUCACAAGAUGAAGUGAAAGAGGAAGAGCCAGAGGAGAUGAUCAUCUGUAGUACAUGUGGGGAAAGUUUUUUCAAUAGGCAGGACUUGAUUACUCACCAGCUUCUACACAACAAGGACCAGUUAGACCAUUUGCUAACCAGCAGCGACGUUUCAGAAAGUAAAGAGGAAGCGCAGAUCAUCUGCGGCAGCUGUGGCGUCUCCUUCACUAGUUAUGAUCGUCUCGACAACCAUGAAUGCACAGCUCAGAAGAAAGAGGAGUCUGUGCACAGUGAGGAAGAAACAAAGGUCAGCCCUGUGGCUCAGUGUGAGGAGAUGGGUUCCAGCAGAGACACUGUAGUGGGUCAACCUCGUCAGUACAGGUGUGAUCAGUGUGGACGCUCAUACAGGCAUGCUGGCUCCCUAAUUAACCAUAAAAAGUCCCACAAAACAGGUGUGUUCAAGUGUAACAUCUGCCAGAAACGCUUCUACAACCUGCUGGCCCUGAAAAACCACCAGAGGUCCCACUUCGAUGUUAAAAGACACGCUUGUCACGAGUGUGGAAAAGCCUUCAAAAUCCAGAAGCAGCUGAUGAUCCACCUGAGAAGGCACAGGGAGAACCGAGCCAAAAUCCAGGAACUCAACAAUCAGAUACAGGCUCUCAUGCAAAUGAAUGAUACCAGAUCAGAUGAGAGAAUGCCAGCCUCAGCUUCAAAUGUCAAUCGAGCGUUGACCUUGCGGCGUCGCACGCAAAGGAGGACAGGGAGUGUAAAGUUGGAGGCAUCCGUUAAAGAUGAGGACGACAGUGAUCAGCGACCUUAUGCUUGUGACCAGUGUGGGCGUACGUACCGCCACGCAGGAAGUUUAGUCAACCACAAGAACUCCCAUAAAACAGGUGAAUACUACUGUUCUGUUUGUAACAACACGUACUCCAAUCAGUUAGCCAUGAAGAAUCACUUGCGGAUCCACUUUGCCUAUAAAAGGAACUCGUGUCAAAAGUGUGGGAGAAGCUUUCGAAUGAAGAAACAACUGCUGGCUCAUGUCUGUGCCGACCUCAGGAAGGGUGGGGCCAAAGGCAGGAAGAUCCUCAAAUCUAGAACCUUCAAAUGCAGGAAGUGCAUGAAAGCCUUCAUCUCUUUGGAGCAACUGACGGCUCACACGUGUGCUUCCAAAUCGAAACUCUCUUUAAACAAAGAGGAGCGGCCAUUUAAAUGCAACAUAUGCAGUCGCACCUACCGCCACGCCGGCUCGCUGCUGAAUCACAAAAACACCCACAAGACAGGACACUUCAGCUGCAGCGUCUGCUCCAAGCCCUUCACCAACCCAAUGGCUUUACGCAACCACACGCGGACCCACACGCAGAAGAAAAAGUACGUGUGUCUCACAUGUGGAAAGGCUUUUCGUCUGGCCAGUAUCCUACACAACCACCAGAGGGUCCACAAUCGGGUGCUGAGUCACUUCAGCUGUCCUUCCUGUGGAAAGAGCUUCCAGGGCAGGUCUGGCCUGAGGAGACACCGCUGCCACGAAGGUCAGGAGGGCGACUCGCCAUCUGGAGUCCAGCCGCCAGAGAGGGCAGACAAGUGCUUCAUGUGUGACCUGUGCGGGCGCUCCUACCGCCAUGCUGGUUCUCUUCUCAACCAUAAGAAGUCGCACGCUGAAAACCUCCACCACUGCACCCUGUGUCUGCAGACCUUUCCUGACCCUCUCACCUUGCAGAUACACUCACAGAUGAAGAGGCAGUGCUGCCCAGAAUGUGGGAAGACCUUCUGUCUGGUGGCACACCUGCAGAGCCACAUGGAGGUGCACCUGAAGGAUCAGGCGGCGGUCCGUGGCAUCUGCAACGCUGCCAGUUACCAGCAGCACAAAACUCCCUCCGUGCAUGGUGUGGAGGAAGCCGAGAAUAACUUCUGGGACUCAGAAGUAAAUCAAUCCACGGACACGGAUCAGACUCCCAACCAGCUUCCCCACAUUCCAGAUUGUGUCUCUGAUUGCCAGAGUAACAACGCUUCUGUCACAGAGGAGAAGAGCCACGUCUGUGAGCACUGCGGCCGCUCUUACCGCCACGCCGGCUCCCUGCUGAACCACAAGAACAGCCACAAGAUGGGUUCUUUCUUCUGUUCUGUGUGUCACAAAGAGUUCACCAACCUGAUGGCUCUCAAGAACCACAAGCGCAUUCACACGGAGCCAAAGCGCUACCAGUGCCUGGACUGUGGCAAGGCGUUUCGUGUUUCCACUCAGCUCAUAUGCCACCGGAGGAUACACACCAAAGAGAAGCCCUUCGCCUGCCCGCUGUGCAACAAGAGCUUCUCUAGCAAAUCCAACCUGCGGCACCAUCAGAAGUUGCACCAGAGCUCUGCCCAGACCUUAGACUCCUCCUUUAGCAUGGAUGCUAACACCUUCAUGGACCUGGACAUGGAACCUUUCUUAUAAACUAAGGUUCUUGGACGUGCAGGAGGAAGUGAAAGGGGUUCUUCGUCAACAGUUGUAAAGCAGUAUUUCUCCAGUUUUUAGAACUUGUUUUGUGUUCUAAACACAAGCUUGUUUGAAGAAGUCCACACUUCAAAACUGGUUUUUAAUCUUACCUCAUCAUCUCUGUUAUGUUCCCACAAGAUUCAUCAAUGACUCGUGUUGUUCUUCAGCGUACAGGGUGAUGACAGCAUCAGACUCUGCUUGUUCCUCUGUAACACACCAACAUGAACAGGGCCCUACGUCCGUGUACUUACAGGAACAGUUUGUAAAACACAACCUUUUGCUGUGUCUAACCGUGCCCAGUGCCUCUGUAAGUCACAUAGGAAACUAAAUAUACAAAUGAUAUAACCUGUGAAGCAUUUAUUUAGCUGUUAUUACUGAAGGACUGUUCACCUUGCUUUGGUAUUUCACACACAGUAGCCUCUGUACCUCCUGGGUGUGUGUCUGAGAGUCAGCGAACACACAACCAGAUUGUUGUCCUGCUAAUUAUAUCAACUAUAUGCGCAAACUGAUGUAUUUAUUUAUGCAUAGGAGUCAACGUGCAAACUUUAUUAGGAGAAUGUUUUAUGAAUGCUGUUUUAGAUCAUGUAGCCUUUCAGAACCUUCUCACGGGUCAACAUUUAGCACACGAGCUGAGGCUGGAGUCUGUUUUGGUCUUGCUCUGGUUAACCCUGCUGCAUGGAACACUGGAGAUGAUCAGCAAAGGGUUUGUAACUCACUCGUGCCAUUUUAUUAUGUUUUAGCUUGUGCCAUCAGUCACUCCAACCAACGUACUGCUGCAGCUACUCUCACAGUGCAUGCUGGGGUUCUGUUGAUGUGCCAGUGCCUAAAUUGUAAGUCGACUGUAGUAGUUUUAUUUAAACAAACCUCUUCUCACUGAACCUCUCCUGCUGAUUUAUGUAGUAGUUUCAUUCUUUAGGUGACAAACAUUUAAAGUAGGUAAUAAUUGGAGAUGAGUUCCCUUAUAGUCAUCCUCAGAAAUGUUGCAUAUCAGACGUGAAUCUAAGCACAAGUAUUAAUAGAAACCACACAGAACGCUGAUGCUUUGUAAAUUUUGUCUUUACUAACCUGCCACCACCCAAAUCAUCACUGUUUCUGUUCUUUUAGCUUUGUGCGGUUAACAGAACUGGACAGAUGGCCUUUGUUCCUGUAACCACCGAUUAUUCUCAUACCGUAAGCAUUGCUCGUCACUCGCCAGAAGUAUGAAAUACCUCAAAACCCUGCCUACAACUGCUACUUGAUGCCUCACACUCAUGGGUUAUUCAGAAUAUACACUGUAAAAAAGUGUUAAUGAGGUUGCAUCUGUGUCAAUAUUGCCUUUGUGGCACGGGUUCCGGUGUGCUGAUUGUCUUCAUAUGUUCAUUUGCACAUGCGUGUGUCCCUAGAGAGGGCAGGACGUCCUUGAUGUUUCAGACUUUUGUUUGUUGGAGUUGAAAAACCAUGGGGAGCCGAAGUCUCUUCCCUUUCCAGUCGGAUCAUGGGUCCCUACAAGAACGAGAAAAUAGGGCUGGGCAAUAGCUCGAAAAUGUAUCGUUAUUGAAAUUUCUGACUUUUAUCAAUAUGAUUUUUCCCAUGACAAUAAGUUUGAUAAUAAAAAAUAAAAACAUGUGUAGGUUGGCAACAUUCAUGGCCCUUUAAGAAGCUGUACCACGUGAAAAUGUAACUCAGCGUAAUACACGUGACAGCCCCAUCUAGUGGACAACUUUUGUUUCUGCGCAUACCUGUAGUUGUCGUUCAGUUAUCAUUAUCGAGGUGAAAUCCUCAAUAUAUUGUGAUAUUGAUUUUAGGCCUUAUCGUCCAGCUCUAAAAGAAAAUGAAUGCAAGUCAAACGGGCUAACGAUUUUAAAAUAAGCGCUUUUAUCAAAAUGUGUCUUUAAAAUUCACAGACAUGUUACAUCACAUAACCAACGGGAUUAUGGAAAAUAGCAUUUUUAUCCCCAUUGACCUGCAUUCAUUUUUCAAAUUCCAUGGUCCGGAAGUAUGGUCGUGACUUAGGCUCCCUGCUCAGCUGCGAUAAGUCACCCCAACUGGUGUGUGGGCUGUGAUGUUUAAAGCAAUACACGCAUGUUUGAUGGCCUACUGGUAUCAGAUUUCCACCACUGCUUGCAUCUCCCAGUUAAAUUAUACUAAAAUCCUAAUAGAUUAGAAACUUAAAGGGAUUUUCUGGCUCCUCUUUAAACAUCUAUGUCUUUGUUACCUAUUGUGUUGUUUCUGUCAUUUUUUCAAUUACCUUUUUUAUCUUUGUGGUGCGAGGUAGCUCAGUGGGAGAAUCCUUAAAUUUGUUGUGCUUCUGGGCAUAAUGACAAUAAAGGACUAUUCUAAACUGU